ACCAAGAACAAGAAGAAGAAUCAGACGCUCUGAUCAGGAACUUCUGUGAGCAAACUGAGCAUUAUAAAAUACACAAAUUGAUUGUAAGCGCGAGUUAUUCUAGUUAAGGCUCAUACUGAGAAGAAAAGGAAGACCGAUGUUCAAGCAUCGGACCCCUGUUCGAGUCAUGCGCAAAUCAUCUUUUGAUGUGUCCAAUAGCAGACGAUAGAGUCUUACUUGGUAGAUUUAAACAUUCAAGGAUAUUUUAUGAUAUUUUGAAAAAAAACGACUCAGAAUUUACAGAAGUCUUGGGCAAUUAUCUUCCUUUCUUGUAGCAGCGUACACGGACAGGUGCCCAUGUUGGAUUGUGGGUUAAUGCCCUAAAACGUGACGGAAUAAAACAAGUCAGUUUCAAAAUUUCCCUCUCUACUCAUGAUUGGGUGGUUUUCAAGAGGCAGCAAACCAGGGCCUAUUUUGUCCUUAUCUUUGACGAAGAUGUUUGGUCCCACGGCCCAAAACCACUGCCUCACAGACUCUGGUUUCCCCAAGUUUUGGCCUCCUCUCCCAUCUACCCCGGACUUUCCCAUUUCUAUAUAUAUUUACAACAACCCACUGUCUUCAUCAAACCCAAAUCUUUCCUACUGAUCCUCUCCAUUACACUCCUAAAGACUUCUUCAGCGAUUCUGUGUAUCGAAAACGCUAUAAGCACUAAGAUGAGUUCAGCAAGCAGAGCAUGGAUUGUGGCGACCAGUGCGGGAGUUGUGGAGGCCUUAAAGGACCAAGGAAUUUGCAGAUGGAACUCUGCUUUAAGAUCAGCUCAACAACAUCUGAAGAACCAAACUAGGUCCAUCUCUCAGGCUAAGAAGCUUUCUUCUUCAUCAAAAGGACUCAAGCGCCAUAAGACACAACAAUCUGAGGAGUCGCUUAGGACGGUCAUGUACUUGAGCUGCAGGGGUCCCAAUUAAAGAGAAGAUGGCAAACAACAUUUUUGUAUUUAGUUCCUAGUUCCACCAGCAAAACAUGGAGGACGAGCUCUGUGGUGCCAUAUAUCAACUUCAGUUGUUUCUGAUGUACAUUUUCGUUAUAUAAUAAAAAUCUCAGAUAAUUCCUCCUUAUAUGUUCGGUCCGCUCUUUUAUGCCGGUAGGGCUUAAUAAAAACAUGACAAUACGAU